UUGAUCGGAAACUAUCAUGCCCCCACAAAGCCCGGAGCGUGCGGGGAGGACGCGCAUUCCCGCGGGCAACGUCUUCGGAGACAUACCUGGCGUGCCGGUCGGGACCUAUUGGGCGUCAAGGCAGGAGUGUAGCAAUGCCGGUGUACAUCCUCCUACCCAAGCGGGGAUAUAUGGGAAUAGGGCGGAUGGUGCUUACAGCAUAGUGUUGUCAGGCGUAUAUGAAGACGACGUCGACAAGGGAGACCGAAUCAUUUACACCGGCUCUGGAGGACUCGGGCCGGAGACAGGACCGGAGGGACAGGGGCGUCAUAUACGUGACCAGUCCUUCGACGAUACCAAGAAUGCUGCUUUGAAGACAUCCAUGCGUACCGGCGAGCCUGUUCGGGUAAUCCGGGGCCACCAACUCAGGCUGAAAGGCUCGGAUUUCGCACCGCCCGGAGAUGGCAAGAAUUAUCGCUAUGAUGGGCUCUACACAGUGGUUAAGGCAUCGCUAGAAACAGGGAAAUCUGGCUUCAAGGUGUGCCGUUUCGAAUUAGAGCGGCUCCCCAAUCAGCCACCCAUACCUAGGCGCGAGGGAACAUCCAAUAUCAGGCAGACCAAGCGACGAGCGUACAGUCCGAUUCCGGAGCCCAAGUACGAAGGGACUCCCAUUCCUCCUGCACCACUAAUAGCAGGAUCGUCGUCGCUCCCAAACUCGUCUAACAUGCCGCCUCAGCGCUUGGAGCCACAGUCUCUCGCUACCCGUUUCGUGCGACCACGCACGGCACCUACCUCUCCGAUCGAACCCGCGUUUACUGCAUCGCAACUCCCGGAGCCUCACGCAGUUGCCCUUAGACUGGGCGCUCCUCCGUAUCGAGCUGCUCGCCCUCCCGGUGCCUCGCGUGCGAAUGCGCCAAGUCCCGUCGCGCAGCGUCAGGUGCAGCCUCGACGUUCAUCCAUCACAACCUCUACGCCAUCUGCCUGGGCUCCUGUCAACCCUGCGGUGACGCAACCCCAGGCAGGAAGCACACCUACCUCGCCGACACACUCGUCUUUCGGUCUCGAUCCUAGGCUGAAGAGGUUUAAGUUCAAGAAGAAGUCCGCGUCAUGAGCGGCACCGCUGCAAGUGCCGCAGUCCUCGUCGCUGGAGACGCGCUGUGGAUUUAAAGACCCGCGCCCCGGGAUAAUUGGUCAUUUAUGGACAAUUUAUGGAUGUUGUAUUCUGGUCGAUCUUUUGAUAGUAUUCUACCUACAUAGUAGGCUGUAAGUAGUUCAAUGUACAUGUGCGAUCGAUCAUGUAACAAUAGUACUAGCUAUGUAAGUUACCGGUGACGGACCCGCGGCCAAAGCGACUUCAAUGCAUAUAUAUCCGUCGGCUGUA